AUGGGCCUUCUGAAGAUAUCACGCUUACGCUGGCUCUCGUUCUUCACCUUGAUCUUUGCGCUCGUAUGGGCGGGAUAUGGUGCCAAGCAGGCGACCGCUUCGGCAGCCGUCAAGGCUUCGCCGUUCCCUGACCUCUAUGAGGCAUCGAUUGCAGAGCUCCAGGAUGGUCUCCAAAAGGGCCUGUUUACGAGUGUCGAUCUCGUCAAGGCGUACUUCGCCAGAAUCGAAGAGGUGAACCACCAAGGGCCGACCUUGCGUGCGGUCAUCGAACUCAAUCCGAGUGCACUUGCGCAAGCCGCGGAGCUCGACAAAGAGCGGAAGCAGAGCGGUCCCCGAAGUGCCCUGCACGGCAUCCCGAUUUUGCUCAAAGACAACAUCUCGACGCUGCACAGUGAAGGCAUGAACACGACAGCAGGCUCCUUUGCUUUCCUUGGCUCAGUCGUCCCGCGCGAUGCACACGUCGCCGCCAAGCUCCGAGCGGCCGGCGCGAUCCUGCUCGGUAAAGCGAAUCUCUCCGAAUGGGCCAACUUCCGCGGUAUCGUACCAUCCGGAUUCUCAGGGCGCGGCGGGCAAGCCUCAAGCCCAUACGUCCCGCUCGGGGACCCCUCGGGCUCGAGCUCGGGCAGCGGCAUCGGGGCCGCCAUCGGUCUCGCGGCAGCGGCGCUGGGGUCAGAGACGGACGGGUCAAUCGUGUCGCCGAGCAGCGUCAACAACUUGGUCGGGAUCAAGCCGAGCGUGGGGCUAACGUCGCGCGACGGAGUGGUACCUAUAUCGGAGCAUCAGGACACAGUGGGACCUAUGGCGCGGUCCGUGACGGACGCGGCUACGAUUCUCUCGAUUAUUGCUGGACGCGACCCGCGCGACAACUUUACGCUCGCGCAACCCCCAGUUGUCCCCGACUACACGCGCGCGUUAAAUGCGGAGUCUCUGUUUGGGGCGCGUCUCGGAGUCCCGCGCAAGUUCGUCGCGCUGCUCGACGACGUGCGCAUUGCUGCGUUCAACGCGUCGCUCGCGACCUUGCGCGCGCGGGGCGCGACGAUCGUCGACCCGGCGGACUUCCCCGACUCCGACGAAUUGCUCGCGUCGAAUAACGAAACAAUUGUACUCAACACAGACUUCAAGGUUGACGUUGAGAAAUACAUUGCUGGUCUCGUUGAGGUUCCGACGGGGGUGAAGACACUUGCGGACUUGAUCGCGUUCAAUACCGCGCACGCGGACGAAGAGCUCAUCCCUCCGUUUUGGACUGACCAGUCUCAGUUCAUCGCCGCUGAGAACACCACAGUAGACCAGGGAUUCUUCGACGCUCUCGCGGCGGACACGGACCUUGGAUCGACACGCGGAAUCGACGCAGCUCUGAAGGAAUUCAAGCUCGACGCCCUUCUCUUGCCCACGGACAUCGCGUCGACCCCUCCUGCGAUUGUGGGAUACCCGAUCGUGACCGUCCCACUUGGGUUCUUGCCACCGGACACCGCGCUCUCACCCGCGAAGCCGACGCGUGAGAGUGGCCCGAACAUGCCAUUCGGCCUCUCCUUCUUGGGCACGGCGUUCAGCGAGUUCAAGCUCAUCUCGUUCGCAUUCGCGUACGAGCAGGCAACGCACACGCGCCUCAAGGUCCGCGCGUUCCCCGCGGCGAUCCCGAAGACGCAGCUAUCGGACAUCGUUGGGAAGUAG